AUGACGGCUGCCUCACUUCCACCGCCCAUCAGCCGCCUCUCCUUCCGCCGGGCCACUCUCGCCGACGUCCCUGCCGUGCGGGCCCUCGUCGUGUCCGCCUUCCGCGGGGACGCCAGCCGCGCGGGCUGGACCACGGAAGCGGACCUCUUUACCGACGAGCGCAUCUCAGAAGCCGGGCUGAGGCAGAAGCUUGCGCUGCCCGACAGCCAGGUGAUUGUGGCGCUGGACGCGGCCGGGCGCCUGCUCGGCUGCGGCGAGGUCGUGGGCCGGGGCGUGGUGCAGAUCGGCAUGCUGGCGGUCGCGCCGCGGAGCCAGGGCCAUGGGAUCGGAAAGGCGCUGCUGGCGCAUCUGGAGCAGGUGGCGCGCGCCGAGCACGACGCGGCGAGGGUCGAGAUGUGCGUGAUUUGGACCCGCGAGGAUGUCAUCUCGUUUUACGCCCGCAGGGGCUUUGUGAAGACGAAGCGCACGAAGCCGUUUCCGUGGACGGAGCUGGUGAAUGGCAAGGCGCUGCGGGAUGAUUUGUACUUUGUGGUGCUGGAGAAGAGCCUGGGACAAAUGUCCUGA